CCACUACAAGGAAAGGGGGCUUUGGCGAGGGUUUACUAGCAGGGGUUGUAUAAACCCUCGCUAAUGUGUCUAGAGAUAGCUGUAUCAAGGGUUUAAUGCAGGGGUUUAUAGACCCUUGCUACCUAAUAUAAUUAAAAUAUUACUUUUAUUCCAAAAAAAAUAAAGUAAUUCGAGUAAUUUUCAAAUUUCGACAAAAAACGAAAAAUGGAAACUCGAAAUCGAUCGGAGUUCUUCCUUCUCUGAACCCUAGAUCUAUUCCUUCGUCCAUCCUCCUCCUUACCCGAUCCUGUGAGAUUGAUAUUUCACGUUACCAGCUCCUUUGAAUCGAAACGAACCUCCAAUCCCCCGCCCAUACCGUCUGGACGCUCCGGAACAAGUGGCGAGAACCAAAUCGUUGUCCCGGAGAUGGCUUCAUCUAUGGCGAUCAUACCCAGUGCUGGAGUUUAGCCUCGAAGGAGUUCGACCAGUCCGCCGCCAGUUAUGAACGAUUUCGUUGGAUUCGUUCAGAUUCUCACUGCCAAUUCGCCGAUCCGCCGAUUUACAGUCUGCGAAUGAAGACUUCGGCAUGUUGCUAGCGUCGGCGCUGGGCGGCUCUGCUGACUACGGAUCCCCGCUCGAGGUCGAGAUCAGAUUCGAAGGGAACAACGUUUUCAAUUUCCCGGCGGAAUCCUUCUGCAAUUAAAGCCGCACAAAAAGUCCUCAAGCUCGAAUUGAAGGUUCUCCGGCGACUUGAACGAACUGGCAAAGGUUUCUCUGCAUACUCUCCAGGUUCUUUAUCUCCGAUCUGUCAAUCUUACCGAACAUUUGCUCUACAAUGUCGUUGCUAAUGCUCCUAACCUUGAGUUGUUGCGUUUGCAACGAUGCCCUGAACUGCGGAAGCUAGACGUCACAGUUAGCAAUUUCCCCAAAUUGAAACACCUUCACCUUUUCGAUCACCAGAUUUUGAUUCGGGUUCCGAAUGUGAACUCUAGCUUACUACAGCGCCUCUCCUGGUGACUUUGAUCUUCUACGAGCUUGCAAACACGAAAUAUAAGUUGAAAGCACUAUCGUCAACUUCAGCUCCAUGCAAAGAGGUGUUUGAAGCUUCGAUGCUAGUUAAGAAACUAGGACCGGACGUUCGGGAAGGAACCAAAGGCAAUAUAACUGUAUUGGGAAGCUACUUUGAGAUGUAGAACCUGAGCUAAUGGGCGCCUUAAUCCACGCCACUAAAGAUGGGGACUGGAAUAGGAUGGCAGUGGUUUCAAAGCUGAGACAACUGAUGACAGAAAUAGAAGAUGAAUUCGAAGAGGAAGAAGAGGACAUGGCAUUUUUCGAUAGUGAGAAAGUUGGUGGAUUGACAAGCAGGCUAAGGGCAGAGUGUCAACAACUUUCUAAUGUCAUUGGGAAUAAUAUCCACCUGAUAGUUCGCAGUACAUUUCAGGAAGGGGUAGGCGCAUUGAUCAAUUUGUUGAUUCUAUCCUGGCCUCUUGCAUCGUCAUCACUUAUCACAUGUUUAGUUCUCGCCACUAUCUUUCUACUUUAUGGCCGGUACCAGGAGGAAGCUGCCAAGCUAACUCAAGAUCUCGGUGCCUCUGCCGGUAAGGCAGCAGAAGAAACCCUUUCUUCAAUCCGAACUAUUCGAGUCUGUGGAACAGAAUGGGAAGAACUAGGAAUGCAAUGAUAAGUCAAUGAAUAUAUCCGUAGUUGUUAAUUGUCUAUUCAUUAUGAUUUCUUCACAGAUAGAUGAUUCGAUCCUAUUUCUCUCGCAACUUUUUCCGCAUUCCCUGUUUUUAUGCCUGCAGGUACAGCCUUAGGCCGGAAAGGUUAGCUUCUCUAAGUUUAAGAGAACGUGUGGCUUAUGGAUUCUGGAAUAUGAGUUUCAGCACCCUCUUCCGCUCAACACAGUUACAAGGGAAGUCCCAAAUAGUUCAAGAUGGACUAGUAAGGCUUGGGGAGCAGAUGGUCUCAAGUUUUGAGGGUACAAAAGCAUUGGCCUUGGAACUUUGCCGUGAAUUUGAGGAUAAAUUUCUCCAACAUGUUACUACUGAUGAGGGAAAGGAGGAUGUGAUUACGAAUUUCAUAAAGAGCUCCAGGUAUCGGAUGAUGAAGCUCAUAUUAGUACUUGUAAAAGAGGGAAGAUAUCUCAUGGGUAUUUUCCUUUGGCUUUGAAGAGUAGAUCAUUAGGUUCUUUUACUGCUACCAUGUUUCUUUUGGAUGAUGCUUGGAUAUUUAUGGUAAUUAACAUUUAUCCAUGUAUUGAAUCAAUGUAAUUAACCAUAUAAAAAAAUAUGCAAAAGUUGGCC